CCGCCACCACCACUCAGUACAAGAAGGCCAUUUUUUUGGAAUAUGCAGAUUCAACGUUCACACAAGCAAAACCCAAGCCUGGCUGGAUGGGUCUCUUGGGUCCCACCAUCCAAGCGGAAGUCCAUGACACGGUAGUGGUCACUUUUAAGAACCUGGCUUCCCACCCUUUCAGCAUCCACGCCAUCGGGGUGUCCUACUGGAAGGCCUCAGAGGGGGCAGGUUAUGACGAUCAGACUAGCUCAGCAGAGAAAGAAGAUGAUGCCGUGGGGCCUGGCCAGAACCACACGUACGUGUGGGAAAUCUUUGAAGCCGAUGGGCCAACCGACAGUGACCCCCAGUGUCUGACCUAUGUGUACUCUUCCCGGGUCAACAGCGUCAAGGACACCAACUCUGGCUUGAUUGGGGCGCUGCUAGUUUGCCUGCCAGGAACCCUGGCAAGGGAAGGAAUGCCGAGCCGGUUCCAACAAUUUGUGCUGCUUUUCUCAGUGUUUGAUGAAGGCAAAAGUUGGUACUCUGAAUCCAACACACCAGGAACUACUUGGAGUCAGCUGCACACUAUUAAUGGGUACAUAAAUUCAUCCUUGCCUGAUCUAAAAGUAUGCCAGAAGAAAACAGUCUACUGGCAUGUCAUAGGCAUGGGCACCAGCCCAGAAGUGCACUCCAUUUUCUUUGAGGGCCACACGUUCUUGGUUAGGCAUCACCGGCACGACACUCUGGACAUUUCUCCGUUCACUUUCUUCACUGCAGAGACAAUGCCCAGCACCAAUGGCACAUUUCGAAUGUUCUGCCAAAUACCAUCUCACCAGCAAGCUGGCAUGGAAACCUUCGUCAAGGUGGAAUUCUGUCCAGAGGAGCUUGCAAAGAAGAUGCGGCUGGCAGAACACGCUGCAAAUGAGUUUUAUGACAGCUACGAUGAAGAUGACGAUAUGGAAAGUGUCGUGAUCCACAUGGAUGUGGAGGACUCUGUACCUAGGCUCAAUGCCCGUAGCUUUGCCAAGCAGCAGCCUGUCACCUGGACACAUUAUAUUGCAGCUGAGGAGGUUGAGUGGGACUAUGCCCCAGUCUGGCCCACUUACCUGAACAGUUCUUACACCAGGCAGUUUCUGGAGCGAGACCCCCAGAGGAUUGGCUCCAAAUAUAAGAAAGUGAUCUAUGUGGAAUAUGAGGAUUCGACUUUCAAGAGGCGGAAGACGCCCCAUGAUCCUCAAAUGGGGAUUUUAGGGCCUGUCGUCAAAGGAGAAGUUGGAGAUGAGCUUAAGAUUGUGUUCAGGAAUCUAGCCAGCCGGCCGUACAACAUUUACCCUCAUGGCCUCUCAAGUGUCUCUUCCUAUCAACAAACCAAAGCUGACGAUAUGAAACGCUUGGCCAUUCGACCUGGCCAGGAGGUCAAGUACCGGUGGAAUAUAUUGCCUGAAGAUGGCCCAACCAAAUCUGAUGCCCGCUGCCUAACUCGUUUCUAUUAUAGCUCCCUCAGGCCUACUCGGGACUUAGCCUCUGGACUUAUUGGACCUUUGCUGAUCUGCUCCAGAGAGACCAUGGACCAGCGUGGAAAUCAGAUAAUGUUAGAUGAAGCAAAAUUUGUGCUCUUUUCGGUCUUUGAUGAAAACCGGAGCUGGUACUUGCGGAAGAAUAUCAAUGAGUUCUGUUCUGAUGCUGCCAAUGUCAACCCUCAGGAUCCAGAAUUCUACGCUUCCAACGUCAUGCACAGUAUCAAUGGCUAUGUCUUUGAUAACCUACAUCUGAAGCUUUGCUUAAAUCAAGUGGUAUAUUGGUAUGUCCUCAGCGUGGGUGCCCAAACAGAAUUCCUGUCUGUUUUCUUCUCUGGCAAUAUUUUUAAAUACAACACAGUAUUUGAAGAGACCCUCACACUCUUUCCACACACUGGGGAGACAGUCUUCAUGGUCAUGGAGAAUCCAGGUAUCUGGAUGUUGGGAUGCUUGAACCCUGAAUUUAGAAGAAGAGGAAUGAGAGCCAAAUUCACCAUUUCCAAGUGCACUGAGGACACGAAUACCGAUGAAGACUAUUACAAUGAGUAUAAAGCCAUAGCAGAUUAUUAUGCAACUGAAUACAAUGAAUUACAACCCAGAGGCUUCUCCAAGAAAAAAAGACGGCCAAAGCCAUGCAUAAAGAAGCGUCAGGACAACACCUCUUCUUCAGAAAAUGAAAUGCAGAAGACCAUUGACAACAGGCCUCCAUGCAUUCAAGAACCCUCCCAGCUAAUCGUGUCAAACAGCAUAGAAAAUUCUCUCAGCCCAUUACUGGCUCUAGAAGAACCUCUGUCUUUAGAUGACGUUUAUUCAACUCCUCCCCAAAAGCCCCUCUUUAAGAACUUGCCCGGUGAUACUUUCCCGACAGAUGGACCAUCAGCCAUGCCUGGACAACCUUUCCAAGGUGCUUCUCUUUCAGGUAGCUCACCUGUUGUACAUGAAGAGGCGCGUAAUAACGAGAGCUCAAUAGAGACUGCAGUUACUCUGAAUACUGAGCUUGCUGUCCUCAAAACAAACAAGCCAACUCAAGAAAUUGUAAUAGAUCAAGCGCAACAGGAAAAAAAAAAGAAUAUCCUUUCUCUGGAAAAGAUGGAGGGAUCCUUUGAAGUCCAUGUUACAACUGCUUAUCCAAAGGAGUUGGUUGAUGGGAGAGACUUUGCAGAAAACUUGAACGCAGAAAAAUCCUCUCUUAAAAUUGACAAUAAUUUGUCAGUUCUACAUACAGUGCAUCUGGACUCCGGGUUCUCUGAAAAAGCAUUGCUAGAAGAACUAGGCACCAGUCAAGAAUGGAAUAGUACGACACUGACACCAGACGCUAUGGCAGUGCCAGGAAUUAUGCCAUUUAUGGACGGCAGCAUUUUUUUGAACAUGAGUGGAACUUCAUCAUCGUUGGAGGACUCGCUGGACAAGGCAAUUAUUCAUGACAGGUCAAUGGAGAAUCAAAACACAAAUUCGUCAGCAUUAAAAAAUAGCCCUGGAGCUGAAGACCUUGCAUUGCAGAGCUACAACACAACCUCUCAUGCUUCAAGUAGCUACUCUUCUCAUAAGGCAACUCCCCAAGAAAAUGUACCAUUUGUAACCAGAGAAGCAUUACAAACAGAAAAGACGGUCACUGCAUCACAAGUAGAAGCAUCCUUUACAAUUAUGGGAAAUCAAGGGACUUCUGCACCUCUAAAAGAAGGCUUCCUUCUUGUCAACGGUGUUGCUCACACAGUCUCUCAUGACCAAGACAGUAACUUAAGACCUCUAAGAAAGGGGUUUCAGACUCAGGAGACAGAAACAAUUGCACAACUCAGACUGGACACGGUCACUAGAAGCCCCACUGUUUUGAAUGAACAUGGUUCCUUGUUUGCACAGAAUGAUGUGAUAGCAAAUUCAGAUAGCUCAAUUGACAACCCAAAAGCUACGAACAGGGUUGUAUACACUAGUGAUAUUCUGGACAGUAAUGAUAUUUCAUCUGUGUAUCCGUUCCAUGCUGCCCAAGAAACUGAUGACUUAAUGCUCAAAGAAAGUUUUCCAAAAGCUGUACACAACAGGAAGAAUAUUCCAACUUCCCAUGAAAUACUGGAUAUAUCUGGGGAACAGAAUCUUGUACAAGAAACUCUAAAGAGCUUGUAA